UCCUGCGCUGCUGUGAGAGCAGAACAGCUCUCGCAGGGCACCGAGUACUCAGAACUGAGCAGACCUGUUCUUUGAGCUGAAAAUGAUGUGCGAUAGCAAGCGUUUGUUCCUGGUUGCUUUGGUGUCGGUGCUUCUACUCUACUUCUGCAGCCAGUCACAAGCAGCAAGCAGCUUCGACUGUUGCCUCGGAUAUACACGACAUGUGCUUAGCAUCAAAUAUAUUCGGAACUUCACAGAGCAGCUGGCCAGUGAAAUCUGCGACAUCAACGCUAUCAUCUUUCACACACACAAGCGACUGUCUGUGUGCGCAGACCCCAAGAAGCCGUGGGUGAAAAAAAUUAUGCGCUUUCUCAGCCAAAAAGACAAGAAGUAAAAACACCUGCGCUCUCAGAAUGAAAUUGGACACAGCCCAAGAACAAAAGGACCUGAUGGUGGUAGAAGUUUCACUAGCACAUCAUUUAGCACUGACUGAUCUGAUUCAUGUCUCAUUGGACUUGUCCAGUUGAUGAAGUUGAUUCAUAUUGCAUCAUAGUUUGCUUUGUUUAAGCAUCAUAUUAAAGUCAAGCUCUAUUUUAUGUUAAGUUAUUUACAGCUGUAGGUUUUUUUGUGUUUAGCUAUUUAUACUCAUUUCUCAUAAGCUAUGGUUUAGUGGAAAGUAUAACAUUGUAUUUGGAGAAAUAGAAUUAUAUGGGUCUUCUUGCAAGUAGUAAGCUAUUUUUAAAAAAUCUAUUUGACUUUCCUUUGUGUAUAUAAUUUUGUUUCCUAAGUUGUUGUGAUUGCCUUAUAAGAGAGAAGAAUGAUUAUAGAAGGGUAAUUACUAAAAAUAAAAGAACCAAAAAGUUACUUGUCAA